AUGCCUGAGUCUUAUGGAGAGUACAACCAGUACGGUGGUCGCCGCGGCGCCAUUUCCGGACAAGGUGACCACCGUACAGGUGGUCAGGGUACAGAUGGCCAGGGUAGGGGUAGCCGGAACAAGUACCCGGAAGGCUGCCUAUAUCUCACCUGCGUCACUGUAUUCAAGCAUAUUCAAGCAAAAUCGGCAUAUUUUCUAAUUGGAGAACAACUUUGUUCUCACUGGCUGAGUCUCUCGGGUGUAUCCGCUCGGUGCCUUGGCGACAACGCCGAUCCGCUACACCUUCUUGCUGUUGCCAAGUAUGGAAAUCAUUUUCCACGUCUCGGUGAUUCUAUUGCCAUGUACGCAGCUUCAGUAGGAUUCAUAUUGGUAGAGUUGUGUGGGGAUGAAAUCCAGGCUGCAUGGUCGGUUCUGGGCCGUGGGGCCAGGGAUGUGUUGAGCAAUGAAGCAGAGCUCUUGUUCUGGGGCCAGUGGGCAUUAAGGCUGACAAGGUGGAUCCCUUGUGUUCUGAGGCAGCUAAGUGCCGUAAGAGAGAGUAAGAAAAAGGCAUCGGUCCAUUACAAAGCCCUAAUAUCAACUGCAAGCAUGGGAAAACAGUGGUACAAUCACAGGUCGCGCAGCCAGCAACAGCGCGCCGGCGCAACCAACUUUGUCAACUCCACCAAGACCCAAGCGCAAGUCCGAGACCGCGAGGGACCUUUGGAGGGCAUCAAUGUCUGGGGUCAGGCCCAGAACGCCAAUCGAGGUCGACUGGAUUACCGCAACCGUGAAAACGUGCGCGAUGAGCGGAGCAGGUCACCAGAGCGAAGCAACUCCCAGGACGAAUCACGUGGCCAUUAUCGCAACAAUAGCCGACCGCAUACCACCGUUACCUUCCACGAGUGGCAAAAGGUCGUCACCGGAUUGGCGGCGCUUAAGAAGCUGAGCGAUGAAGAGAGGAAGAAGCUUCGCGCGGCCAAGUUUGCUCCAAAGCCAACUGUACCGACCAAAGCCCCAGUUGAACCCAAGGAGAUCCCUCAAAACACCAACCGUCGCGUGGCGAAUGUAGUCACCCAAGACGAACGCAAGGCUAGCCCGAUUUCCGCCAUUAAUGCUGCUGUCACAAACAGCCCAACUCAACACAAUCAUGUCACUACUGCGUCACAGAAUGAGCAUACGAAAACACCAGACACCAAAACACAUAACCAUCCUCCUACUAGUACCAAAAUCGAUUCUCCAAAGCAAGACACGAUAAAGUCCACGUCCGUGACCCCAGAGAACAAGACGUCAGUGCCAAAGAUUUCCACGCCACCAACAUCGCUGCAUGUUUCCCCAAACACAACAAAUCCACCAUCAAAGAAACGCAAGCGCGAUGACGUUGAAGAGACUGAGAGCAGCGCAUCCGAGGCGAAGCCUAAAUCCCAGUCGAGCUCCACCGCAGCACAUCCAAGUGUCAUCCAGGCCAACAUCGAAAAGCGAAAUGCUAAACUCAAGGAGCUCAUGGGCAGUGCUCAGGCCGAAGAGAAAGAAUACCCACAUAAAGCUAUAGAGUACGUCGAGUACAGCAUCUACAGCAUCCCCAUCUCUUAUUCUACUCUCAUCGAGCAUGAGUACGAGUUUGAGCCCAUCGAUACGCCGCCGAAAGAACUCAAAUGGAAAAUGACUGCUAGUGAAUAUGAGCUUUUUGGUCGUAAGAUGCUCCUCAUACGCCAAGCAGCGCUCCGCGUUGUAAGCAGCAAGAAAGGUAAACGAGGCGAAAUGUUGGGCCGCAAAAAAGUCCCUAUGAGUGGUCCCAUCAAGAUCAUUGAGGAUUGCGAUCUUUACUGGCAUGACGACAAGAUCCACGUCGCCACUGAGAAAGGACUCUUAACAGUACCAAACUACCUUGAGCUUCUCGACGUUCCAGAAACACAGCCGGUGCGCUUUGAAGGACGCAAACCCUCGUGGAUGAAGCAGGUCAUCGAGAGGAGGGUUCGUCGCCGAGCAAUGAUGCGUUUCGACCCCAGCGAAAUACUGCUACGUGAGGGGUGCAUGCAGCUCGGGAGUGAGGAUCCCCUCAUAGUCUUGGAUCGAGGAAUCUUUGAUAUCAACAUUGCCACCGGCCAAGAGUCGUUUAUGGCAUAUGGCUUCUGUACUCUUGACGGAGUCAAAGGUUGGUUCCCAUACGAAUCUACGUGCCCUAUGGACUGGAGUCAGGAGCCAGGUGAGGAGACAAAGCCCGAUCCUAACAUCAUCGACUGGAGCACUUUCGACUACGGUCCUGUUGCUCGAGCCUACACUCUACGGCAGCAAGGGAAGACCGUCGAAGAGAUAGAGGCUGCAGAGGCUGCCUUUGUCACAAGUAAUAAUCCUGCACAAGACGUAACAAUUGCGUCCGUUACGCCAAGAGUCAGAUAUCCCGCUCCAUCUGCUGCGCAAGUAGAAAAGCCUGCUCAUCAGGUCGAGGAGGCACCGUCUCUAACGACUGGUUCUGAUGGUUCUACAUCGGGUCCGGUGUCACCGCAAUCACAGGCUGAGACCAAUCCGCUGAUUAGCGUGGCACCCGAACCUCUUACUCGACAGUAUAGUCCUCAGGCUGUAUUGCGUCAAACUCUCUCUGGGGAGUCCGAUGAUGAUGUUGAUCUCGAUGUUCUCAACGGCGCAACCACCGCGCAUGAUGAAGUUGAUAAAGCAGACGUCCCAGGUGCACUUCCUGAGACACCAGUGAACGCCUUCACCAAGUCCCGUACAUUACUUCCAGGAUUUCCAGGAUUCACAAAGCCGACGUGGAAGGAGGAAGACGAUAUCGACUACGAUGACGACGAGCUCUGA